AAAUCUCGCGGUGUUACCAUUCAGACAUAUUGCAUGUUAUUAAGUCUGCGAUUUUUUUCAUUAAAGAUACAUAAUAUAUCUAUGUACGCGUUCUCUACAGAAACUGUAUCAGCAGUCGCGUGAAUCUACAGUAUUUUUUUCUGCCCGUGAACGGAUGUGAGAUUGGGGGUUAAACCGAGCGUCGCGUGCCAAUCCCGCGGAGUUUCGACGCUCUCUCACGGGGCUCUCAGCCGUAUUGUGCGUCAUCUCCAUCGCCGCCGUUUUGUUAUUUCUCUCCGUAAAGGAAGAUGGCAACUCCCGCUGCGGUCAACCCGUCCGAAAUGGCCAGUGAGUUGCCAGGGGCAGUAGCAAUGCCAGGAGCAGUUGGGUCUGGUCAGGUGAGGAUGGGAGGAGGUGUACAAGGCCGUGGGGGCAAAAGAAGAUCAGGAGGAAUGGACUUUGAUGACGAAGAUGGAGAGGGACCGAGCAAAUUUUCAAGGUAUGAUGAUGAUCAGAUUCCUGGUGGAGAUAAGGAAAGAUAUGCCAGAGAGAACCACAGUGAGAUCGAGCGACGCCGACGCAACAAAAUGACCCAGUACAUCACUGAGCUGUCAGACAUGGUCCCUACCUGCAGCGCCCUGGCCCGAAAACCUGAUAAGCUGACCAUCCUGCGUAUGGCAGUCUCCCAUAUGAAAUCCAUGAGGGGCACUGGCAACACAUCCACUGAUGGGGCCUAUAAGCCUUCCUUUCUCACUGAACAGGAACUGAAGCACCUGAUCCUGGAGGCAGCGGAUGGCUUUCUGUUUGUGGUUGCUGCCGAGACAGGCCGGGUCAUCUAUGUGUCCGACUCUGUGACGCCGGUGCUCAACCAUCCCCAGUCAGAGUGGUUUGGCAGCACUCUGUAUGAACAGGUUCACCCCGAUGAUGUGGACAAGCUGAGGGAACAGCUUAGCACUUCAGAAAACUCAAUGACAGGGCGGAUUCUGGACCUGAAGACAGGGACAGUGAAGAAAGAGGGACAGCAGUCCUCCAUGAGGAUGUGCAUGGGCUCACGACGCUCUUUUAUCUGCCGCAUGAGGUGCGGCACCGCUCCUUUGGAUCACAUCUCCCUAAACCGCCUGUCUAACAUGAGGAAGAGAUACAGGAAUGGCCUUGGUCCCUCAAAAGAAGGAGAAGCUCAGUACUCUGUAGUGCAUUGCACUGGCUACAUCAAAGCCUGGCCCCCUGCAGGCAUGACUAUACCAGAAGAAGACACAGAGGCAGGUCAGACGGGAAAAUACUGCCUAGUGGCUAUUGGGAGACUGCAGGUAACCAGCUCUCCAGUUUCCAUGGAUAUGAAUGGUCUGUCGGUUCCCACAGAGUUUCUGUCACGUCACAACUCGGAUGGUGUCAUCACUUUUGUCGACCCGCGCUGCAUCAACGUCAUUGGUUAUCAGCCUCAGGACUUACUGGGGAAAGAUAUUUUAGAGUUCUGCCAUCCUGAAGACCAGAGUCACCUGAGAGAAAGUUUCCAACAGGUGGUGAAAUUGAAGGGUCAGGUCCUGUCAGUGAUGUAUCGUUUCCGGAUGAAAAACAGGGAGUGGAUGCUAAUCCGAACCAGCAGUUUCACCUUCCAGAACCCAUACUCUGAUGAGAUAGAGUACAUCAUCUGCACCAACACCAAUGUCAAGCAGUUGCAGCAGCAGCAGGCAGAGCUAGAGGUUCACCAGAGAGAUGGACUGACUGCCUACGAUCUUUCCCAGGUACCUGUGGCCAGCGUCAGCAGUGGAGUCCAUGAGGCGGGAAAGAACAUCGACAAGACAGAAGCCCUGUUCUCUCAGGAGAGAGACCCACGCUUUGCUGAGAUGUACACCAGCAUUUCUGGAUCGGGAGACAAAAAGAUGAUGGUUCCCUCCUCUACAGCUGGAGGCCAGCAGAUCUACUCCCAGAGCUCUCCCUUCCAGCAGGGACACUCUGGCAAAAGUUUCAGUUCCUCUGUGAUCCAUGUCCCUGGUGUGAACGACAUCCAGCCAGCUGGCUCAUCUAAUCAGAAUCUAGCUCAAAUCUCAAGACAGCUUAACCCAGGCCAAGUGGCAUGGUCAGGCAACCGACCCCCCUUCUCUGGACAAUCCAACAAAGCCCAGUCCAGUCCAUUUGGUAUUGGUUCUGGCCACAGCUACCAGACUGACCCGGCCUCCUACAGUCCCUUGUCGUCCCCAGCCACUUCCUCUCCCAGUGGCAACGCCUACUCAGGACUGACCAACCGCAGCACAGCUUUUGAUGUGUCGGGGGAAAGCAGUCAAAGUGGAGCCCAGUUCCAGGGUCGUCCCAGUGAGGUCUGGUCCCAGUGGCAGAACCAGCAUCACUCUCAGCAGGCCGGAGAACAACACACACAUCCCAACCCCAGCCAGACAGAAGUCUUUCAGGACAUGUUACCCAUGGCUGGAGAUCCCACGCAGGGAACAGCAAACUACAACAUUGAGGACUUUGCCGACCUCGGCAUGUUCCCACCCUUCUCUGAGUAAUAACUUCCUCUCUCCAUCGCUCUCCCUUCCAAAACUGGACUGAUGUUUGCAUUUAUCUCUGAUGUUCUGUCUCAUUUUAUGUAUAACUGGAUCACCAACACACAUCCAUGUGCAGCACGGUGAAUGUCUGGGUGAACUUACCAUUUGCACGCAUACAAACACACACAGUGCACUAAUGUUUGGGCUCCAAGGCCUGCAGUAUGUAUCUGUGAACAUACACAUACCUCAUCGCUGCCAAGACGAACGCUCCCGUCAUGUGGAAGGACCGCCAUCAGUCCGCUGUCAUCAGCUCUUUGUCUUAACGGGCACUGUUUGAAGCUCUCUGAACAAAUGAAUCGGCCUGUGGCAUGUAGGUCAGGGAGACGCUCUCUGCGGUCGGCAUCAGCAAGACCAGCCCGGUGAUCACAUUUUCUGUCAGUGUAUGCAUAGACUAGUGUCAGUAUUAUCAUUUUACACUUCCACUCUUUAAGAUUUGAUAAAACAAAACAUUUCAAAUGUGUUCCUACAUCUACAGUAUUCACAUUAUUUAUGACUGUCCAUCCAUGCAGAUGCCUAAUGUGCAUGAGUAGUAGCCAGUGAUAGAAAGCUGCUACUGUGUCCACAUCUGCUGCAGCUGGGAGGUUUUUUGUUUUUUGUUUUCAAGGUUUUGCUUUCAGGAUGGAACAAGUACAUCUGAGCAAAAACUAAGCAAAACAUAAACUGCUUUCAACAACCUUUGCUACAUUUUAAGAAACAGGGUGAUUAUAUUAUAAAUGUACAAUUGCUGCAUUGCAUUAAUUUCCCAACAUCAGUUAAUGCCGUAAUGCAGUCUGACUUGCAUAUGACAUUUGAAGUGUCAGAUCCUUUUCAUGUUGUUUUAGCUUCGUAAUGGCUUUAGACAGUUGAAACAUGCUGCAGUUUUAGCCAGAGAAGGUAAAACUAUGGAGAUUAAUCAUAAUUUAUCUACUGAAGAAAUAGCACUACUCCACUUACAGUUGUCCAGAGGUAUUGUAACCAUUGGUGGGCUCUGGGCAAGUGGAAGAUUAUUUGUUUUGUUUUGUUUUUUGUUUGUUUGUUUUUGCAAUAUGUAUAUCUCUACACUUGUGACACAAUCCUACAGACCUGAGAUCACCCACAUGCUGCUGUAGGCCUCAUCACAGACCCGCAGUCCCACUCAGUGAUCAUCACACUGUAGUAACUGGUGCACUAACAGCCCUUUUACUUUCAAACAUGAUUAUAUUGUAGUGUGAGGACAGAGGACAACAGAUGGGCAUGUAGUUUAGACUGCAGUUUGGAAAUAACAUACAUGAGGUGGCACAUUUGACCUGCUAAAAUCCAUGAGGGCCAUCACAGCUUGCAUGUAUUGACAUUCAACGUGACACAUGUUGCUUUUAGUUAUCAGGAAAAUGCUUUCAACUAACAAGAAUGCUUUGUGUUCAGUCAUGUUGACACCCAUUUGUACCUGAGACAAAACGCAGAACAAAGUGGACCCGCAGCAACCUCAGUCAAAGACUGUAUGCACAGUUCUACUUGUAGAUUUGAGGUCCUGGUUUUUAUUUUGACAGCGUGGCCCUUGCUUGAUCGUAGACCAGUAGGAGAGCGGUCCCUCUCUGGUUCCCACCUGGACCGACUGUAGAGAGCACCAAUUAACGACGCUAUUGAUGUAAAUUUACAAGAAGUACCAACACUACCUGUUGGCAUGAACACACACUAAGAUAUAUGUAAGUGUUCAAGAUUUACACCUCCAUCUGUCUGGUGCCGCUUUUUGCACACCAUCACCGACCGCUAAACAGUAGCAGGAGAGGAGAAGCUGCUCAUCUCCACCUACUGCUGUCAUAUUUCUGUCCAUCAACCUUAUUGUGUAUCCUAUAUGUAGUAAUGUCCUGAACUCUAGAAAAUAACUUUAAGCCAGUAUAGAAGGAUUCUAUGUAUAAAUGAAACAACUUUCUUUUUUGCAAAAAAGUCAUUGCAGACAGUUGCUAAGCUAAGGCUUAAAGUGCACUUCAUGAAGCUAACCGCUAAUCACACCAGCCUGCUUUUAAAGGGAAGAACUGCCAUACCGUCCAAGCAAAGCGCAGUAUUUACUAGUAUAUUUGGUGUUCUUCAGCUCUCGCUACUUGACUUUAUUACUUUAUAAUCUUUUCAACAAUUAAGAGACUGAAUAAUACUUUCUAGUUGGGGAGCUUUUACAUGAUAGAUUGUAUAAUGUCUCUGACAGAUGAGAGAUCCUUCAGACAUUGGAGUCCUUUUGCUAAAGAUCUCAAAUUGAUGUUUUUUGUAAAUAAUGUGAUUUUUAUGUCAACUCGUGUUAAUUUCACACAGUACAUUUUUGUGUAGUUUUAACGAUAUUGUGUGCAAUGUGAGUACGUAUUUAACGAUUGGUAUUUAGUUAGAUGAUUAAUUGUACAUUGAGUUCUAGACUUGUAUAAAUUGUGUAAAUGUGACCCUUUACUUUUGUGUAACAAAUUGUGCUUGUGACAAUAAAUUCUUUUUGUUUAUGUGGCUUCCA